AUGAUUCCUCACAAAAGUUCAUAUUUAUCUCGAUCCGGGCCAUCAACUGGCAGCGGUAGCCAGCCCGAUGGAAGUGCCGCUAUCACGAAGCUCAAGGACGCAGUCGCUCAUUUCCAGGCCAUGCUGACAGAUGAUGAUCGGAUGCGUCUACAGGGCCUGAAAAAGCUGCCGCACGACGCCCAGUCAAUCAUUGCGUUCACUGCUGAGCUAGACAGGCAACAAGAUGGGAAUCGACGAGGGAAAAGCAUAGCUUCGCGGCUUACAUCAUUUCUGCAGAUCGUCCAACAGUUCACGCCCAUCAUCGAUACAUACAUUCAAUCGAACCCUGAUAUCAGUGCCCUUAUCUGGGCAUUGGUUAAUCAAGUGUGGAGAGCUGUCACAUCCUCUUUCCAGAUUGACAUACGAAGCUACGUUGAGAAAGUCAAAGAAAAGGCCGAGAAUGCGCAAAGUGAGAUCGAGUUGGCUAAAGCACAAGCCGAUCAUCAUGAGCAAGAACAACAGGCCAAAGAGCGGCGAGAGGCCUCAGAUUACAGGCAGAAACUCUCUAUGUGGGCUACCAAAUAUAGUGCUGCCAUGAAAGAUAUUCAGCAUCUCAAGAAUAAGCAUGCCAAAGACAAGAAGCGAAGCAAGCUUGUCCAUGAGCUGACCUCUUACAACUCUAUGACUACUUUCAACAGUAUGCGUAACAAACGACAUAUGGGUACUGCCGAGUGGUGUUUUUCCACUACAGAAUACCAAGAGUGGGUCAACGCCAACAAAGCAGCCGUCCUUCAUAUCACAGGGAAGAGUAGUUGGAUCUGGGAAGACAAUCUUAGCAUCCUCGAUCAUAGAACAACUGUGCUAUUCCCCGAGGCCGUGUCAGUUCACAUCCUUCUUUUUCCUCCGUUUCGACGAGGGGAAAAGUCUCUCCGUGUCAACGAUCAUUCGUUCUUGUCUUCAGCAGCUUCUAGCAUCGCCUUUGAUUGA